UUGAUUCAAUUCACCGAAGAACACUGAUGUGAAGGUGUUAUCUAUGGCUGAAAGACGUCCGAUGCAUUGAACUCCGGCGUUAUUAACCAAAACAUCGAUCUGACCAUCGAGCUCCUCCACACAACAAAAAAACCUUAGGGAUCUUUCUCCAAAUCGAUCAUCGUCCUCUGCGCUCGACUCGUCGCCAUCACUCGAAAUUUAAAAGCUUCUUCGAAUUUGCUUGCUCUUUCUACACGAAGAUUCGGUGUUUUCGCAGCUUUCAGGAUCUUCACCUAAUUUUGGUAUAUUGGGAAUUGGGAAUCAUUUUGUGAGAUUUGGCGGUGACGUAUAAACCUUAAUUCGAGAGACAAAAUCGAGUGUGUGUAAAAAUGGAAGAUAAGAGAAUGCGAAGAAGAGACUAGUGUUUGUGACUGUGGGAACAACGAGUUUCGAUGCUCUUGUGAAAGCAGUCGUGACUCAACAUGUUCAAGACGAGUUGCUCAAGAGAGGAUACACUCAUCUUCUCAUUCAGAUGGGUCGUGGUACCUUUUUCCCAACUAAGUGUGAUGGAGCGGAUGGAUCAUUAGUUGUGGAUUACUUCACAUUUUCCUCGAGUAUCGCAGAUCAUAUUCGAUCUGCAUCUCUUGUUAUUAGUCACGCUGGAUCUGGAAGCAUAUUUGAGACACUAAAGCUAGGGAAACCAUUGAUUGUGGUAGUGAACGAAGAUCUGAUGGACAAUCAUCAAUGUGAAUUAGCUGAAGCACUUGAAGAGAGGAAGCACUUGUACUACACUCGUCCUCACACUCUUCAUCAAACCUUGACGAAAAUGGAGUUGGAGUCUCUGGUUCCAUAUACUCCAGGUGACGGAACCCCUGUUGCCCGCAUCAUCGAUAGGUUCCUCGGAUUCCCUGAUGAUUGAGCUGACAUAUGAAAAACAAGUGUUUUGUUUCUAGAUUCAACUGAAUAUGCUCAACUUAACUGGUAUCAUAGUUUAAUAUUCAUAUACCGAAGCUUUCUAUGAUGUUUGAUAUGAUAAUCAGUUCUGUCAAUCAUAAACCUUCUGUUCUUUUUU